AUGUCUCGAUGGAAGGUAGCACGUCCCUUUUCGUUCCUAGUUGGUCGUAAACAGCUGAUUUCUUCAUCCAGUGGUAGAUUGGCGAUCUCAAGGAGUUUAAGUUACGUGGUCCUUAGUAAGGGGGAGAAUAAUGGUGUGCCUGUUAAAGCGUGGGUAAAAGGCGUUCCUGUGGAAAAGGAUGCCGCUGAUCAACUUCGCUCUCUGGCCAAAUUACCAAUAAUCCACUCACAUGUUGCAGCUAUGCCUGACAUGCAUCUUGGGAAGGGAGCAUGUGUGGGAUGUGUGGUUGCCACUGUUGAUGCAAUCAUUCCAGCUGCAGUGGGAGUGGACAUUGGAUGUGGAAUGAUGGCAGUAAGAACAACAAUAUCUGCCGAAAAUCUGCCAGAUUCACUGAAGAACCUUAGGAGGGCUAUUGAACAGGCUGUACCACAUGGACGAACCCAUCAGGGUGGUAAAGGUGACCGAGGUGCCUGGAAAGCCAGACAAAUUCCUGAUUCUGUGAUGCAUGAGUGGAAUAAACUUAAGAAAGAAUAUGACCACAUUUGCAGUCGACAGCCACUGGCUAAAGCACAGAACACUGUCAAUCAUUUGGGGACUCUAGGCACAGGAAAUCACUUUAUUGAGAUGUGUCUUGACGAGGAAAACAGGGUGUGGUUCAUGCUGCAUUCAGGGUCACGAGGCCCAGGCAACAGAAUUGGUACGGUGUUUAUUGAACUCGCCAAGAAUGAAAUGAUGAAACUGGACAAGCAAAUCAAGGUUGAUAGAGAUCUCGCUUACCUCAGAGAGGGGACGAAAAACUUCGACGACUACGUAUAUGCCGUUAAUUGGGCACAAAAAUUUGCCCGGCUGAACCGUAAUAUAAUGAUGACCAAUGUGCUCAAAGCAGCGCAGUCUUGUAACGAUAUGCCGGCCUUCGACGUUGACCCAUCCAGCAAGGCUGUCAACUGCCAUCACAACUACGUCAAGGUGGAAACGCACUUUGGAAAAGAAGUGUUUCUUACAAGAAAGGGAGCGGUUUCUGCUCGUCAGGGCGAGUUAGGCAUUAUACCAGGGUCCAUGGGGGCUCAGUCGUUCAUUGUCAGAGGCAAGGGAAAUCCUGAAGCCUUUCACAGUUGUAGCCAUGGUGCCGGCCGUGUCAUGUCACGAGCCAAAGCCAGGAAAAUGUUCACAAUUGACGAUCACGCACAAGCGACACAUGGCGUGGAGUGUCGUAAAGACGCUGACGUCAUUGACGAAACACCAAUGGCUUACAAGGACAUUGAUGACGUUAUGGCAGCACAGAGUGACCUGGUGGAUGUAGUUCACACGCUAAAGCAAGUUGUUUGUGUGAAGGGAUGAUGAAUGAUGUGCUACAGUAACAGCUGGUACUUCACACCAUUACACCGCACGUGACUUGUUGCGGUAUCCUCUUGCGUUACGCUUCGCAAGCUGUCACGCAAUGUUUCCGUUUGGUAGGAGUGCAUGACGAGUACGAAGAAAGUCUGGAAAGGAGUCAGUCUAAGCCUGUAUUUUACACGUCAUAUAAUUCUAGGGGUUUGUCAACAUUUAAAUUCAGGCCUCAGAAAAUUUCGCGCGAAGGUUACCAGCGUAUGAAGUGGGCCGGAACAAAAGAGCCACUUUGGAACAUUCAUUCACCGAGGAAGGAAGCUGAUGCUGAUGCUGAGCAACUUGAUAUCGAGUGUAUGUGACGCAGAGUUUUAACGCUCGCUUUAGCAAUCAGACGGACAGAACUAUCAAGUGAAUUCGCAAGCCAUUAGAAUUGAAUGACAGUAUAUUUUGCGACUGGCCUUCCUAUAGUUGAAUAAAUUUUAGACCAGUCUGCAAAACUCACUGUAAAGUCGCCCAUUGUGAGAACUGAAGUGGAACAGGAUCAUAGCGUGAUACUUGACUCAGUAGUAAACAGAGCGCUAUUCCGCAAUUAAUGAUGAGUGUCGUAUAACCAAAACCAAAGUGAAAACAGUGGCCAUUCGGUAGAAAUUAAGAUACCGUGAAGAGCCAAUGAGAACUAAGAGUAAAAACACGCGAACUGCCUAAAGCGCGGGAAAACGCAUGUGAUCAAGUCGU